CCAAGAAACCUAGGGUUUCAUUCACAGACGUUGCGGCGGCGUCAUCCAGAGCAGCUUCAUCGGAACUCCGCUACCCUAAUCUCGCAGUCGGAGAUCAUCUUCUCACCCUCACAAUGGGGAAGACACGUGGAAUGGGAGCUGGUCGCAAGUUGAAGUCCCACCGUAGAAGGCAAAGGUGGGCUGACAAAGCAUACAAGAAAUCCCAUCUUGGAAACGAGUGGAAGAAGCCAUUUGCUGGAUCGUCACAUGCAAAAGGCAUCGUCCUAGAAAAGAUUGGUAUUGAGGCUAAGCAGCCUAACUCUGCUAUUAGGAAGUGUGCUAGAGUUCAACUUAUUAAGAACGGGAAGAAGAUCGCGGCCUUUGUCCCAAAUGAUGGUUGUUUGAACUACAUUGAAGAGAAUGACGAGGUUCUCAUUGCUGGAUUUGGCCGAAAAGGACAUGCUGUUGGUGAUAUUCCCGGAGUCAGAUUUAAGGUGGUGAAGGUGUCAGGUGUAUCUCUUCUGGCUCUCUUUAAGGAAAAGAAGGAGAAGCCAAGGUCUUAAGCUUCUCGGUUUUUCAAGAUAGAUUUUGUCUUCAUUUCUUCGUUUCUUGCAAUAUGCAAUUAAUUAGAUUACUCGGUUGUCUGAUAUAUACUCUUGCGCUGCAAUCCUGUUGUUGAGAUGUCGCGAUUCAAACAUAAUUUUAUUUGCAAUCAGAACAGAUUCUGUUAUGAUUAAUUUGAGUGGGACACCGCCCCUUCUCUUCCCCCAUCAAAA